AUGUUAUCUGACUCUCAAUUCGGUUAUCGGCCUCAUAGGUCAACGGAACUCGCUUCAACUCUUUUUCUUGAUAAUAUCAGGAAAAAUAUGGACAAAGGUCAACUGACUGGAGCAAUCUUCAUAGACCUUCGUAAAGCUUUUGACACUAUUAGUCAUUCAUUAAUUGUGUCGAAGUUACCAAAUUAUGGAAUUUCUGGAAUAGAAAAAGAGUGGUUUACAAAUUACCUAUUUGCGCGUGAGCAGUGUGUUUCUGUAAAUGGUGAACAAUCUUCUUUUAAACCAGUUAAGUGUGGGGUUCCACAGGGAUCAAUCCUUGGCCCCCUAUUAUUUAUCAUACACUUUAACGGAAUAGUUGCAUCUUUGAACAAUUGCAAGAUCCUUAUGUAUGCGGAUGAUACUGUAAUUUAUUACUCUCACAAAGAUAUUGAAGUAAUAGAAAAGAAAUUACAGGAUGAUUUGGCCAGUAUCACAUCGUGGCUUCAACAAAAUCAACUGAUUAUCAAUAUGAAAAAAGGGAAAACAGAAAGUAUGCUAUUUGGAACUGGGAAACGGCUGAGUACUUUGAAUGGCCGUCAAAUGAACCUAGAAUGCAAUGCUUCGAAGGUUAACUUUACGUCACACUAUAAAUACCUUGGAGUUCACUUAAAGUCAAGCCUAAACAUGAAUGAUCACGUGAAUAAGGCGUUUAAGAAAGCUUCAGGAUAUCUUAAACUUCUGGCAAAAACUCGCUCUUUCCUUUCUACGAAAGCAUCUCUGGAAAUAUAUCGGGCUAUGGUAAUUCCUGUACUAACCUAUUGUUCUUUAGUGUGGACGUGCUCUACGACCACACAAAAGAAACGGCUCGAGAGCUUUGAGAAACGAGCGGCUAGAAUCAUAUUUGGAACGUCAGAGGAACAAGCAUCAAAUAGAAUGCCUUCGGUAGAAACCAUCCAAAAGAAGAAAUCCUGCAUAUUGACUUUUAGAUGUUUAAACAAUAAUGUGUGUCAAAACUUCUUAAAUUAUUUCACUUUGAUUGAUUCUAAAGUAGCUACUAGAAAUCUGGCUUUUAGUAUAAAACUCCCGAAAGUGAAACUUGAAACCGCAAAGAAGGGUUUCUACUUCAACGGAGGAAAACUUUAUAAUGAAUUACCUCUGGAAAUUCGUAAAUCUGACACUUUGCGACUUUUUACGAAGGGACUGAGUAAGCACUUAGCAAUUUAGUCCAUACGAAUGACUUCUUUGACUUUUUUAACUUUUCUAUUCUAAUUAAUUUUUUAAUCGUAAAAUUGAUGUUGGUAUACAUAAUUAUAAAGAUGGACUUUUAGCUUUUAAGGUUUAGACUAUUAGUAAACAGGACCUCUGUUAAUAACAGUUUGUGAUUUUUUCACAUAACUGAUGGAGUUUUUAUCCUGUAUAUAAAUUCGUUUAAUAAUAAUAAUAAUAAUAAUAUUUAAAACAAACUUACCUUCGUUAACGUCGGUACCUUUACUCCCUUAUUUUAGCAAUUCUUUCGCCUUUUUUCUCAAAACGUUUUUUAAACUUACUUACCAAAGUCUUGCAAAAAUGAAAUAUAUUUGCAAGAAAUCAUCAAGUCAUCCAAUCAAGAAAUGUUCGCUAAUUUCGCUGUCGUCAUGCAGUCGUUAUAACGCAGAUUUUAAAUUGGACCAAUCCAAUCAGUGUUCGGUAUUCAUGACAGUCCUAUGAGACGCCAAAUAUGACAAAAUAGAUCAUAGUUGUGUGAUAUAUAUUACUGCAAAUAUAUACAGUAUAACUCGUGAUGAAUAAGUUACUCUUCCAAAUAUUUAAAUAUUGUAAGCGCGUGAUACACAUCACAAAUCAUGGUUUAUAUCACAACUCGUGAUAUAGAUCACAUUUCAGCUCGUGAUAUAGGUUACAAAUCAUGGUUUAUAUCACAACUCGUGAUAUAGAUCACAAUCCACAAUGCAGCUCGUGAUAUAGGUUACAAUUUCGCGUUCGGAAUUACUUCAUCUUAUGACCCAUAUAGUGGACGGAAGGCUAUUUUAUAUUCCGGGGGGGGGGGGAAUGUUUCAAAUUUUAAAAUGUUUUCAGGGUUUCAAAAUGGGGCCAUGAAUGGACCUUUCCCCUUAUAACUAAAAUUUUGAUCAAAUCUAGCCAAAAAUUUUAUCCAGCUUGAAAGAGCAUCACAAAAUUAGUAAUAUUCCAAAGUUUCGUUGCGAAAUGUUGUAAAAUGCGGAUAAUAUAGCCUUGCAAAAUUUGCAAUUUUCAGUCAUUUUGUAUUACAAACGCGAAAUUGAUACUCAACACCCAAUUGGGCUGUCAAUUUCCCGUACGUAAUACAAAAUGACUGAAAAACGGCAAACUUCGCAAUAUUAUUUUGUGACGCUCUUUCAACCUGUGAUGAAAUUUUUCUCUAGAUUAAAAUGGUCCAUACAAGCCCAGAAAUAAACAUCGAGGCUUUCUUGAGAAAUAUUCCAAAUCAAAUUACAGAGGCGCGUCGUCAAUUAUUUUGUGACAAUACUGUUGUUGAGUUUAUCCAGCGACGCCUAGAAGACAAUUUAUUUGUGUAAAUAUACUUCUCCAGCGUGCAAUAGAACGCAUUGACGAUCGACAAAUUCAGAAUGAUCUUGGUAUUUUGGUGUCUGAAUUGCAAUCAUUGUGCAAUAGUUACGACGCGUUUUGGAUCAGAAAUGAGAACUUAGCUAACCCGCUGAGUUUUACUUGUCCAUUCAGAAGGAAUUGUUCAAAAAGGAAGAAGACGAUACAGUCUGCUGCAGAAUGCUUUGACCAACUUACAUGGGAUACACCGCAGCUGAUGGUCUCAAGUUGCUGCGGAAAUUGGAGUGAGCUACCGAACUAUGUCUAUAUUACGACGACGCCACGAGUACCGCUUACCAGUCAGCAACACAAGUGGGCCACGAAACACGUUUACUGA